AAUUCAAAUCUCUUUCAAUCGCCCUAUUAUUUCCGUUUCGUCUCUCAGAGCAAAUUUCGGCUCCAUCUCAAGGGCUUCACUCUUCUUCCGUCCGUCCAGCUCCAUCAGAUCCUUUUUUCAGUUGAGGAGGGUGUGCAGCAUUUUGGACUCCUGUCUGCCAUUUUUUUACCAAGGUAGAAGAUUUGCUUUGCAGAAAAGAACCAUGUUGGAAAACAAUGCAAAUGCAAAUAUCAGCAAGUCAACUGGCCUGCCUCGGAAGCGUUUCUACAGGGCGCGAGCACACAGCAACCCGUUAAGUGAUUCUCACUUCCCAAUACCAAUAACCCCUUGUCAUGUCGACUACUCGCUUCAUUAUCCUCUGUUCUUUCCUUCAUCUGAUAAGAUUGAUGGUGCCAAGAAGAUCCAAUUUGCAGAUGUUGGUUGUGGUUUUGGGGGACUGCUAAUUAGUCUUUCGACCCUUUUCCCUGAGACCCUAAUGAUUGGGAUGGAACUUAGGGAUAAGGUAACAGAGUAUGUCAAGGAGCGAAUUUCAGCACUGAGGGUGGCAAAUCCAGGUCAAUACCAAAAUGUUUCAGUGGUUCGGACAAAUUCCAUGAAAUAUCUUCCAAAUUACUUUGAGAAAGGACAGCUUUCAAAGAUGUUCUUCUUGUUCCCGGAUCCACACUUUAAAGAGAAGAAUCACCGUCGUCGAGUGAUCAGUAAACACCUGUUAGAUGAGUAUGCUUAUGCUCUUGGGGUUGGCGGGAUUAUAUACACGAUUACAGACGUGGAAGAGCUUGGAGAGUGGAUGAAGGCUUGUUUAGAGAGUCACCCCAUGUUUGAAGCCCUCACAGAGGAAGAGCUUGAAGCGGAUCCGGUUGUAAAGCUUUUGAGUUCUGCAACAGAGGAAGGACAGAAGGUUGCUAGGAAUGGUGGACAGACUUUCCAAGCAGUUUACAGACGCUUUAUGCCAUCCCUAUAAUACAUGGAGAAACUCAGACUGCCCAAGUUCAGUUGACUUAAUGGAUGAUUAUUGUUGCUCAGUUAGUCUUCAUUAGGAUCAUUUGGUUUUUCCAAAUAUGUGAUGUGCAAUUUUUUGUGUUAUUGAGAGUCUGAGACUACAAACAAUAAAAGUGUGCGAUAGUUAUAA